AUGCCGAUCAGCUUACAUGGCUACCGCCUCGUACCUGGGAUGUCCCAUUACGUUGCUCUCUGUUUCAAUCUGAUCUGUCAACCUGAUGAGGACAACCGCAUUGACACCUUCCUUGACAAUACGCCGAACAACAGCGACUUCAUGUCUCCCUACCCCACGAAGGAGCAAUUGAAAUCUAUCGGGGACGGAUGUUCCGAGAACCAGUACAAGCAGAAGGCCUAG